AUGGGGGAGUUGGGGAGGAGGAAACUUUCCUUUCCCAAAAUUGGCCAGUCAUUGGAAAUCCUUGUUUUUAUUUCAGAUGAACAGGAGGCUUUGAAUUCUAUCAUGAAGGACUUGGUUGCCCUCCAAAUGAGCCGGCGUCCCAGAUUGUCUGGUUUUGAUAGCAUGAAGAACAAAGAUUCUCCACAUUCCAAUAGACAGAAAAAACACAGUGCCAGCAGCCCAGGUCUCCUAAGCAACCUUAUGAUAAGAAAACAAAGUAGUCUUGCAGUAGAGGAAAAAAAGUCACAGAAUGACAUCAGGAUAAAGUUUGAACAUAAUGGAGAAAGGCGAAUCAUCCCCUUUAUCCGGCCUGUCCGCUAUGAAGAUGUUCAGCAGAAAGUGAAAACAGCUUUUGGGCAGCCACUGGAUCUUUACUACAUGAAUAAUGAGUUAUCUAUUCCUUUGAAAAGUCAGGAUGAUCUUGAUAAGGCAAUAGAUCUGUUAGACCGAAGCUCAAAUGUGAAAAGUCUUAGAAUAUUGCUGCUGUCUCAGGAUAAAAAUCAUAUCAGUCUUUCAUCCCAUUCUGGGAUGUCAAAGCAAGUCAGAAUCAAAACUUCCCAAUCUACAGGAGAUGUAAACACUGCCUACCAGCCACUUGAAACCCGAAGCAGACACCUGUCCAUCAGCUCUCAGAAUACAGGUCGAAGUUCACCCCCACCAGGAUAUGUUCCAGAGAGACAGCAGCGAAUUGCUCGCCAGGGGUCUUAUACCAGCAUAAACAGUGAAGGAGAAUUUAUACCAGAGACCAAUGAACAAAGCAUGUUGGAUCCCUUAAGCAGUGCUGAAAAUUCCCUAUCUGGUAGUUAUCAGUCCUUGAGCCAGUCAGGAGAAAGCCUUUCAUUCCGAAAAUCCUGCAUGUCCAGAGCCCAGAGCUUUCCAGAUAAUAGGCAAGAUUUCUCAGAUCGUGAGAAUCAAAUCUUUGAUAAACCUGAGAAAGGUGGAACAUACCCUCGGCGUUACCAUGUCUCUAUGCAGUACAAAGAUUAUAAUGAUGGCCGGAGGACAUUUCCCCGCAUUCGGCGGCAACAGGGCAACCUCUUUACACUAGUACCAUCAAGCCGUUCCUUAAGCACCAAUGGGGAGAACCUUGGUCUGACAGUGCAGUAUCUAGACCCCUGUGGACGUAUGUGGAGUGCUGAAAGUGAGAAUACCCUCACUGUGCAGGAGAGAAACAUCCCAACUAAAUCUCCAAGUGCUCCAGUCAACUGGCGACGAGGGAAGCUCCUAGGACAAGGUGCCUUUGGUCGGGUAUACUUGUGCUAUGAUGUAGAUACAGGCAGAGAACUUGCAGCUAAACAGGUCCAGUUUGACCCAGACAGUCCCGAAACAAGCAAGGAAGUGAGUGCAUUGGAAUGUGAGAUUCAGCUACUGAAGAACCUUCAGCACGAGCGGAUUGUUCAGUAUUAUGGAUGUCUAAGAGACCGAGCAGAAAAGACCCUGAGCAUUUUCAUGGAGUACAUGCCAGGGGGUUCUGUCAAGGAUCAGCUGAAAGCCUAUGGUGCACUAACGGAAAAUGUGACUCGAAAAUACACUCGGCAGAUUCUUGAAGGAGUCUGUUAUCUUCACAGCAACAUGAUUGUACACAGAGAUAUAAAAGGAGCCAAUAUUCUUCGAGAUUCUGUGGGCAAUGUGAAGCUUGGAGACUUUGGGGCUAGCAAGCGACUGCAGACAAUCUGCAUGUCUGGGACUGGCAUCCGCUCUGUCACUGGCACCCCUUAUUGGAUGAGUCCAGAAGUGAUCAGUGGAGAGGGCUAUGGAAGAAAAGCUGACAUCUGGAGCCUUGCCUGUACUGUUGUGGAAAUGUUAACAGAGAAACCACCCUGGGCAGAAUAUGAAGCUAUGGCAGCCAUUUUCAAGAUUGCUACACAGCCUACUAACCCCCAGCUUCCUUCUCAUAUAUCAGAACCUUGCCGGGACUUCUUAAGGCAGAUUUUUGUGGAAGCCAGAAAGAGACCUUCAGCUGAAGAGUUGCUCCAGCAUCAUUUUGCUCAGCUCCCCUACUGAAUUACCAUCUCUGAAAUAGCAUUCCAUUUUUAGAUGAUACUGUUGUCUGAAGUGAUGUGGCCUGUAUCAGAGAAUCCAUUCCAAAAUGUUAGCAGAUAGACAUUCUGUUUGCCUAGUAAGGUAGUGUAUAAGGGCAAUGCAGAAGUCAGCCACUUUCAUUUUGGUAUCUUCAUUUGGGAUUGAUGUUUUCUCUGUAAUUACCCAUGUGCUGACAUGAUAUUUGGCAUGUGGCUAGGAACAGUCUAAAAUGCUUCAUUUGAAUAUAGAUCUAUCUCUGAAACUUGUGAAAAUGAAAAA